AUGGAUAUCGAGGAAAUUGUGAACGAAGAUAAAAGUCCCGAUCCUGUCCUGAAUACAGCAGCAACAAAGAAUGCAGCAAAUCCGCUGUUUCUCAGUUUAGUUGAAUCCGCUUUAUUGGAAGGAAGAUCUCAAAGCAUUGUUGAAAGCUUCGUUCGGGAUAGUCGCUUCCGCAAAAAGAACAUUCCGUUAAAUUAUGUCGAAGAUAAGGAACGAAUUCGCAUCUGUUUGGACAAUGCAGACAAACGCAUUGCUGAGCUUAUGCGGGAUGGCCUGGAACUUAUCGAGGAUGUGCGGGUUGCAUGUGAUAGACAUGAAGUUGAACGCCGGAUGGCCGAAGCGGAUAUCAAGGAGAAUCUCCUGAGUAAAAUCCACAGCGAGUCCGUUGAUUCGAUCGCCAAAUUUCAAACAACCUACGAAAAGUGGACCGAAAUCAAGGAACUGAAGGAUCCCAUGCUAAUGAACGACGAAUUGCAGUUGCAGAAAAAUCGCGUAGAAGAGCUUCUUAAACAAAAGGAUAUAAUAAUAACGGAAUGCAGAAAGGAGCUACAGGCAGCCGACGAGCGAUACGCAAGGGACAUACGCAAGCAGAUUGUUGAUAUUCAAAGCCUAGUCCAUCGAGCCGAUACGGAAGUGGAAGCGAUGAAGAGUAUUCUGAAGGAAAACUUAGAUCUCAUACAAGGAUCAGUUGAAGAGGAAAGAAUUAUUUUGCAAAAUGCGGCUAACUUCAAUUGGAACGAUGUGUAUUCUAAACGGGCCACAAAUGAGCGCAUCAAAGUAAAACAGAAGAAAGAACGAUUGUUGGCCAACUUGACUGAGAUUGAACAGAUUGAGCUAGACUACGUGGAAACAACACGUGCGACAAGAAUUAAACUGGACAAAGAUACGCAAGCAUUGGCCAUUGAACUGCAGAAGAUCAAAACCAAUACAACAUUAAACUCAGAAAAGCUAGAUUAUAGUUUCCAAGUUCUGAAGAAACGUGAGGACGAAAAUUUGAUGGUAAAGAACGCUCAGAAACGUCGAUUGGCUAAGUUGCACGAAACCAUUUUCACCUUGCGCAACAAGUUAAAGGACACAAAAACUUCAUACUACAUCGAGACGGAGAAAAUGGCAAAGAUGAUAGAAAAGUUACAUCACAGUGUGGAACAUAUACGAAGCAAGUUAGAGUGCUCCAAAAAGGCGUAUGAUAAAAGGGUACGGACGAUCUGGAAUAUGAAUCGCGACGAGUGUUUCGAAAUCAUCAAGCAUAUUUCUUCAAUCGACAAAAUUCUUGUAGAGCAGCAUCUUAAUCGAAGAUGGACGAAUAGUCUUACUACGAUCUCGGACGUUCUUCUUCAGUAUGAUCCUUUGUGCACUCCAAAGUUACCAAGCACCGCUAAAACUAAAAAAAGUUUAACCAAUAUGAAGGAUGAACAGAAGAACGAUUUUCCAAUGUUAGAAUCAUUGCUUCAGCAGUCCAAGUUUCUGAGCGAUAAAAAACUAGACACUACUUUGCAAGGUCAGAGUCUGGAUAGUUGCGGAAUAACACUUAUCUGCUUGGACAACGUGUUGAAUGCCCUGGGAAUACAUGACAUGGAAGGGGUUCGCCAUCUGCAAUCAACCCAAACAGAGAUUCAGCGGUUCAAUAACGGUGACGAAAGUGGUUCAGAAAUAUCAUGUAUUGAAAAGGAAACCGAUCGUGAAAACAGGGCUCUUUCUACUUCCCGCGAUCUGCUGGCGCUAAAAAAGUUUUGCCAAGAUGACGAAGAAUUUCUCCAAUCAGGGGGAGAAACGAAACCCGACGGAAAGCCGACUCUAACCGAUACGCGUAAAUUUUGGAACUCGUUUAAAAACAUUUUCCUCCCCAACCAGGUUAAAGUGUGGAACACAAUGGAGGAAAGUUUGAGCAAAUAUUUGCAGGUUCUUCGUGAAAGGCAAACACUGGACAUAGAAUGCAGCUUUCUACGGAAACAAAACCAAGAGUUGCAACAUAUUAUGCAAAAAAUGCUCAUUAAACCAAUGAACGAUGAUUUGUAG